CCGGACCCCGGCCGCGCGCGCCGGGACCUGCAGGCCUCCGACGACGACGAGGCCUGCCAAUACGUCUCCGUAUCGGGCACGACCGGCCAAACCAGCCGGGAGGGCACGUACGAGCGCGUCGGCGAGUGCGCGGCGCGGCCCUACUACGAGUGUUUGGACUGCAGCGCCAGCGACCCCCAGUUCAUCUGGUACACGGGGUCCCAGUGGUUCAUCGGGCCCGGCGGCUGCGGCGCGACCGUCGCCGGCAUCUAUAUUAACGAUGCGACCGGGGACCUCGCGGCCCUGACGGGGAACUGGGCCGAGUCUCCCUUCACGGAGGAGAACCCGGCGAUCGCCGUCGAGUGCUUCGCGCCGACCGAGGCGCCGACGCCGCUGGCGCAGCAUGCCUCCGACGACGACGACGCCUGCCAAUACGUCUCCGUAUCGGGCACGACCGGCCAAACCAGCCGGGAGGGCACGUACGAGCGCGUCGGCGAGUGCGCGGCGCGGCCCUACUACGAGUGUUUGGACUGCAGCGCCAGCGACCCCCAGUUCAUCUGGUACACGGGGUCCCAGUGGUUCAUCGGGCCCGGCGGCUGCGGCGCGACCGUCGCCGGCAUCUAUAUUAACGAUGCGGUCGGGGACCUCGCGGCCCUGACGGGGAACUGGGCCGAGUCGCCCUUCACGGAGGAGAACCCGGCGAUCGCCGUCGAGUGCGCGACGACCGAGGGCGCGCCGACCGAGGCGCCGACGCCGCUGGCGCGGACCGGCCGCUGGCUGGAGGGGUUGCCCUGCAACUACGUCUCCGUGUCGGGCUCCACCUAUCAAAGCGGCAGGCACGGCCUGUAUGAAGCGAGCCUUUGCGACGACGGGACUCCUCUUUACACCUGUCUCGACUGCAGCAGUUCGGAACAGAAAAUUUGGUUAAACGGUAAUGGCUGGGUUAUCGGCUCUGCUGGCUGCGGAAGUGGUUCUGGUGGAAUAUUUUCCCCCUCCGACCCGGGCGGAGACCUCGCGGCUUUAUCUGGAGAUUGGAGCGAGUGGGACGGGAGUGCAACCGUUCCCAACUCUGCCAUCGCGGUCACGUGCGCGGUGAGUCUCCCGCCGACGAUGGCCCCGGUGCCCUGCGACUGGGCCCGCGUCUCGGGCGCCGCCGUUCAAACCUCCUAUCACGGCUUUUACGAAGCGACCGGAACGUGCACUGACAGUUCUCAGCCUUACUUUUCGUGCCUCGACUGCGGAAGCACGAAACACAUCUGGUAUCACGAUUAUGGAUACUGGUUCAUGGGCCCAGACGCAGACGGCUGCGCCUCGACCUCUUCGGGCAUUAGUAUCGUCACAAACGAAGACCUCCCGGACGUGUCCGGAGAUUGGAGCGAGUGGACCGGGUCCGCGUGGUCAGUCAACUCCGCCAUCACGGUCGAGUGCUACGCGGCCGCGGGCUGUCAGCAGGUCCCCGGCACGACGGCCAAGUACAAGUGCUUCGACUGCGGCGGCGCGAGCGCCCUGGCGAGCGUCGGCGACGGCCACUGCGACGCCGAGAACAACGUCGAUCCGUGCUACGACGGCGGCGACUGCUGCGAAACAACUUGCGUCGACGGCACCUCCACGUGCGGAAACUACGACUGCGCGGACCCCGACGCGCCCCCGGUGCCGGACCCGUACUACGCCGACGCCGCGUGGUACCUCGAAGCGAUCCGCGCGCCCGAGGCGUGGGCCGCGGGCUAUAACGGAAGCGGCGUGCAGAUUCUCAUCAACGAUAACGGCGUCGACAACACGCAUCCGGACCUGGCGAAGCUCGACCUGGCCAACUCGUGCGGCGUUUAUGCCCCAUGCGCGGACAGUGACGGCGUCAUGGACUCGCACGGCACGGUCUGCGCGUCGCUGGCGGCCGGCGACUCGAACUCGGCUUGCGGCGUCGGCGUCGCACCGGGCGCCGGCAUCGCGUCGUGCGUAAUGCUGGGCGAAUGCUCCACAAGCGAGGACUUCCUCACGCACAAUUACGAUGUGAACGACAUCUCGUCGAACAGCUGGGGCACCAACGCGUGCGAGCGCUACGCCACUUCGGCGACAGACUGCCCGUUUGAGUGUCCUUCGGCGAGCUCGGCCGACUGCCCGUGCGACGCGUGCGAUGGCGACGACUGGGCGUCAGGGGACCUCUCGGCAACGUGCGAGGAUGCUGUCGUGGAUUACUGCACCAAUUACUUCCACGACGACGUGACGCCCUGUUUGGAGCUCGACCAUUACUUCGUCCAGUGCGGCUACGGCCAGAUCUCGAGCAGCAGGCACAACAGUUUUGUCGAUGGCACGACAAACGGUCGAGGCGGCCUGGGCACGGUGUACGUCUUCUCGGCAGGCAACUCGUACGAAAUCGGCCAGGACGUGAACUACGAGGGCCACAAAAAGAGCCGCUUCACCAUUUCGGUGGGCGCGCUCGGCCUUGACCUCAAGCACGCGUCCUAUUCGUCUUCUGGAGCACCGGUCUUCACCAGCGCGCCCGGCGGCGACACCGACCACGGCAUGUUCGCCGCGCAGCCGCUCGCCCUCGGCGCCGUCGACAACUGCGCUGACGCCGGCAUGGGCACGUCCUACGCGGCCCCGCUCGUCUCCGGCGUCGCGGCUCUGGUCUUGGAAGCGAACCCCAAUUUGACAUGGCGUGACGUUCAGGGAGUGCUCGCCGCGACCGCGCGGACCGACUUCAACGACGAGGACGACGAGACCGGCCAGUGGACCACGAACCAGGCCGGUGUGAAACAUAGCUACAAGUACGGUUUCGGUUUAGUGGACGCGCUGGCCGCGACCACGGCGGCGAAGACCUGGACGACCCUGGGCGCCGAGAUCACGCUCGUGACGGCGACGACCAGUGGCGCGGCCCUGCUCGACUUCGACGGCACCGAGCACUGGGUCGAGUCGGAAGCGGCGGAGUUCGGUUCGUCGGACUUUAUCAUCGAAGGCGUCUCGGUCUACGUGACCAUUGAGCAUCCAAGGAGAGGCGACCUGAGGAUCGAACUCGAGCGGAACGGCGUCACUUCGCUCCUGACAGACGACAAGCUCGAGCAAGGUACUAGCUACACGCACUGGAAGUUCUUUACGCUUCGGCACUGGGGAGAGACCGCGGACAGCGGUGCAUUUACGCUCCGCGUGGCGGACCGGAGAGCCGGGAGCGGUGACGACGACGACCUCGGAUCGCGGCGACGGCUCGACGACGACGACGGCGUCCUGGUGAAGUGGACGCUGCAGCUCUACGGUCACGAUAGCGACACGUCGACGCCGUGGACGCCGCAGCCGACACCUCGGGGCGGCUGUGAUUCCGUCGCCGUGUCGGGCUCCAACGAUCAA